AUGAGGCUAUUAAGUACUACAUCCACUGCUGCUACUACUGCUGCUACUGCUGCUACUGCUGCUACUGCUGCUACUGCUGCUACUGCUGCUACUGCUGCUACUGCUGCUACUGCUGCUACUGCUGCUACUGCUGCUACUGCUGCUACUGCUGCUACUGCUGC